CGAGUCGAACAUCGGUAGUAACGACAUUAGUGCUACUUAAGAUGCGUGAAAUGGAUGUUAGUGGACAGUACGCGGGGUCUAUCUGCCUAAUACCGGCUAUUAAACGAACUGGACAACUCUAAUUGACCUAUUCGUCGGGGUUUUCUUUAAACUUUUCUGUCGUUUUUUGAAGGAAGCAAACGUUUGUGUUCCGGUGACGAAUCGCUCUUUUUCUGUCAGGAAACUCGCAGCGUUAAAGAUUCAGUUUCAGGCUUUGGUGUCUUAAAAAAACGUAGCGUUAAUAUUCGCUUUACGGUUUCGGCCUUAAGGUUAUUGUUGUUUUGUGCAACUGAACGUUGUGUAGCCUGAGAAAGGCGCAUUUUGUGUUGCUUUUCUGAGUUUUUGCCGUGUAAAGCCAUCAGCGCAAAACAACGGAAAAGAGCUUUGGCUAAUCGAGCUUCAACUAACAUUAGCCGUUGGAUGCGGCUACGUUAGCUAGUUAACUCUCAUUUUGUCAAAACAACGAAAAGGUCGAGGUUUUCCGGUCAGGUUUUUCGUUUUUAGGACAUAUAAAGACUUGUUUUUCACCUCCAUACGUGCACACUUAUCAUCAUCUAUCACACAAAAUAACAGUUCUUCAUAACAGAGCUUCUCGUCACGAUGUGUUAAGUUUUCCGUAACGUAUUUUUUGACGUUACUUCGUUAGCCUACAGGAUCGGAGCUAACGGACUUUUCUGCGUUUGACUGAGGAAAAGAAGGACUAAAUUCCUGCUGAAGUCAACCGGCCCUAACGGACGGAGCGAGGGAGCAAAAAUCUGCAAACUUAGCAGGAAAAGAAGCCAUCAGAUUCGCGGAAAUCGCUUCGUCUCCCUUUCCCUCCCCUCCCCUCUUAACUUCGCUUCAGUUUCAAAUGGAUUUUUACACAAAAGCUGCAGCAUCAGCCACUGGCUUCGUGAUUCAUUGCCGAUUCCUGUUUUCCACAUGCAAGUAACGGCAUGCCUUCUGCUAUCAACACUUUUCUGCACAGUAUGCAGUUUGAAAGUUGAAGAGGGAGAGAUUUAGCAGCAGCGGACCUAAAUGUGAGUUUGUGCACAGCUACAAUGAGAAGACGAAGGUGGCUUCCGUGCUUCAUCAAAGUGCUGGACCAAGUGCAUGUAGCUGGGGAAGCUUCCUGUACUGUCACAGUAUGAAGUGACAGUGGGCCUCUAGGAAAGACCACAACUGUCCACUUCUGCUUUCUUUCUCUGGACUUAAUCUCUCUCCAUGGUGGUGCGGGACGCUUUGGGCCUAAGUGGCUGCCCCCAGGGGCCCAGGCCCUGGGUAGCAGUUUAGCGAUGGCACAGUUGCUUUGCCUACUUUACUCCAGGUGCAGAGAAGCUGGAUUUCUGGGGACAACAUUGCUGAACUAAGGCAGUUUCCAGUUAUUCAUACUUUUUUGAGAAGCUCAAGGGAAAAAGUCGAGGAAGGAACACUGCACUACCAAUUGAGGCUAUUGAUGGGUGGUGCUAGAAGACUAAGUGUGUGAAGACUCCAGAUCUGAAUCAGAAAAGGGAAGCACACGCCGCAAAUAUGAAUGAGAGACAGGCUCUCCAUUCUAUAAUGAAGGACCUGGUGGCCCUGCAGAUGACCAGGCGGCAACCCAUGUCGACUUACGACACAGCCAAAGCCAAGCCUGUUAACACUGCCAGCACGACCAACAGACAGGAUGACGUUAGAAUUAAAUUUGAGUUCAGUGGAGAGAGAAGGAUACUUAUGUUUGGUCGGCCUGUGCAGUUUGAAGAAGUCCAGCAAAAGGUCAAGACUGCCUUUGGACAGCAGCUAGACCUGCACUAUAUCAAUAAUGAGAUGUCCAUUCCCCUACGAGGUCAGGAUGACUUGGACAAGGCCAUUGAUCUUCUGGACCGCAGCUCUAACAUGAAGAGCAUAAAGAUCCUGCUAAUGACUCAGGAGCACAGUAAUGUGUCUUCACCUUCUCAUCACUCUGGGUGUAAGCAGGUGCGAAUUAAAGCUUCACAGUCAACAGGAGAUGUGAGCACAGGUUAUCAGUCUUCAGAGCCCCGGGGACGCCACCCAUCCACCAGCUCACAGAAUACUGGGCGAAGCUCUCCACCUCCUGGUUACGUUCCGGAGCGUCAGCAGCGAAUUGCGCGCCAGGGAUCCUAUACCAGCAUUAACAGUGAGGGAGAAUUUAUACCCGAGACCAGCGACCAGUUAGUCCUUGAUCCAUGGAGCAGUGCAGAGAACUCAGUGUCUGGGAGCUGCCAGUCACUUGAUAGCAACUCAGACAGUCCCUCACUCAGAAAGUCUCGCAUGCACAGGGCCAGGAGUUAUCCUGACAACAGGCAGGACUGCACAGACCGGGAAAACCAUGUAUAUGACAAGGUUGUUGGGAAAGGAGGAACAUACCCAAGGAGAUACCAUGUUUCCCUGCAUCACAAAGACCACAGUGAGGGUCGCCGCACAUUUCCAAGGAUACGUCGCCCCCAGGGGAACCUAUUCACACUAGUGCCGUCCCGCCGAUCUCUCAAUGGCAGCGAGGAAAGUCUCGGCACCUGGCAGCUGGUGGAUACUCAGUCCAGGCUUCGUCCACAGGACCGCCCAGUUCCACACAAGUCCCCCACGGCACCAGUGACAUGGCGGAGGGGGAAAUUGUUGGGGCAGGGAGCAUUUGGUAGAGUUUAUCUCUGCUAUGACGUUGACACAGGCCGGGAACUGGCUGCCAAACAGGUCCAGUUUGACCCAGCAAGCCCUGAGACCAGCAAGGAGGUCAGCACUCUGGAGUGCGAGAUUCAGCUGUUAAAAAAUCUUCAUCACGAGCGCAUUGUGCAGUACUACGGUUGCCUUAGAGACCACAACGAAAAGACUCUAACUAUCUUCAUGGAGUACAUGCCUGGGGGUUCCGUCAAAGACCAGCUGAAGGCCUACGGGGCACUGACUGAGAACGUGACACGCAAGUACACCAGACAGAUCCUGGAGGGCAUGUCCUACCUGCACAGCAACAUGAUUGUCCAUAGAGACAUCAAAGGCGCCAACAUCCUGAGAGAUUCUGCAGGAAAUGUGAAGCUUGGAGACUUCGGGGCCAGCAAGCGCCUGCAGACCAUCUGUAUGUCCAGUACAGGCAUCCGCUCAGUCACUGGGACACCUUAUUGGAUGAGUCCAGAGGUCAUUAGUGGGGACGGUUAUGGCCGCAAAGCUGAUGUCUGGAGCCUCGGCUGCACCGUGGUGGAAAUGCUGACGGAGAAGCCCCCUUGGGCGGAAUACGAGGCCAUGGCGGCCAUUUUUAAAAUAGCCACUCAGCCGACUAAUCCUGUGCUGCCCUCCCACAUCUCGGAACAGACUCGAGAUUUCAUCCGCCGCAUCUUUGUGGAGGCCAAGCACAGGCCCAGUGCGGAGGAGUUGCUCAGACACCCCUUCUCCCAAAUCCUCUGCUGAAGAACCCACUCUGCCUAAGGCCUUAAAAAAAAAAAACGGACAUCUGGGCCAUAGUCACUUUGACAACCAGUAGCUCGUGUGUGGUGUACUGCCCGGCCCAAAGACUCAAGUGAUGAUCACAAAGCACAAUUCCAAAGGCAGUCUACACUCCAUUUUGAAUAGAAUGUGUGAACUGCCACCAUGCAGUCAGCAGCUAACAUUCAGUUCUCAAAUCUGGCUGUAGAAGACAGUCUUUCAGUGCUGGCUCUAAAACAGCAGGGGGUGACAAAGGACACUUGAGUGCUGCAGCACGCACUUCUUUCUAAGAAAUUCAGUGCAACAGUAGGUAUUGACAAAACAGUCGAUUGCCUGAAUGGCUUCUUACUGGACUCUGCUUUUCAAAACACCAUCGGUGCCUUCUGAAACCAAGCUGCUAAAGCUUAAACUCUUAAAUACAAGGUAAAUGCAGUUUACUGAACCUGUUUGACUGUUGUGGAAUGGCACAUGGCAUACAGGCAACAAAAGAUCAUUCCCAAAGACAGGUUGUUUUUUAUAGUACAUCCAAAUUAGUCAGGUAUAGGUUUGACUGAAGUCCUAGGAGCUCUAGGACCUGUUGUGUGACCUGAAGGCUUCAUAAGCUGCCAGUGUUUUUGUGUCUGUGCCUCUGCUGGAGACGUACAGUUUUUAGGGAUGAAAUUUUAUUUCUGUUGACUAUGCUAGUUUCAUAUGACUGUAAGGCACUACCUCUGCAUGGCUUGACUUUCUUUUUAUUUUGGUGCUCAUGUUAAUAGCUUACAGCAGGGAAUGCCAGUGUUAUCCACUGGUGUGGCUACAGAUUUUCAUUCCAAUCAAUUAAAAGCAAACCUGAUUUUGUAUUAGGCCUGCUUCUGCUUAGCUGGAAUGAAACCAGGGCAGCACUGCAUCCCAGACACAUCCCAGAGGAGGCGGUUUCACUUUCGAGCCUAUAUUGUCGGCAAAGGACAGUGAAAUCAGGUAUAAAAGCCAAUGAAAACAAAACUGAACCAAAUAUAUAAUGGUAAAACUCUAUGAUCCAUACUUGUUAUAUGAAAUGCUAUUGAGACAUUUUCUGGUAGCUUUAUAGAUUUGAAUUGUCUGAAAAUGCCAAGGAUUAACAAACAUGCAGACAUUGUAUAAAUGACCAGUGCAUGCAAGCUGUAGCAGUCAUGCUGCUGCUUCACUCAUGCCACGCCGAGGUAGUACAUGUGAAAAAGGCCUAAGGUUGAGCUCCCUCACUCAGAGUAGCACUGGCGUAGUUCGUAGUUGCCCUUUCAUCCACGGAGAGGUCGAGCCAUUUGUGCCUGAUGCAUAAAACAGCCUGUCCUGGCUGUGUUUGUUGUUACGGACAGCUUCCUUUUCACUCUUAAAGGCUGCUGACCUUUGACUAAAUGCUCUUCGUGACCGUAUGUAGUUUUAGACAAUGAACUCCUGUCUUCCAUUUUUUCCAUAGUGCCUGAGAAUUCAUACAUGCAAAGUUCUCAAGACCAAAAAAGCUUAUUUAAUUUUGGUCAAGACUUUGCUUUGUGCCCUUUUCAUAGUUAGGCUACGUUGCAUUCUGUUGGCUCCUGUAGAGGGCACCAUCUGGGUGCUUUAUAAGCAGCUACUAUAAAUCAGAAUAAGCCAAAUAGCAUGUAAGGACUAUAAAAAUCAUAUUUCUUGCCAGAUUAUAAACUGGUUAGGUUGGCUAAGGAGGUUUAAGGUGUUGAAAGCACAUUAGGAUUUCAAGCAGAAUUUUUUUUUUUUUGGUAUCUUCCUGAACGCCAGUUGAAAGAGAUUUAGGAAACGUGGAACUGUUGUGCCUUAAAGCUUGACAUGGCAGUGUUUUGAACUCCUUUGGAUCAGAUGCACUUUUGUAAAAUGAAUGUUGUUGUAUUUACCAAAAUUUUUCAUAUUUUACCAAAUUUUUUCAUAAUGUGAAAUCUCUUUUAUUUAUAUCCUAGUGCGCAGCCAUCUUUUUAUAUACACAAAUAUUCAUGUAUAAAUAUAUAUAUUUUUAUAUAUGGACUCUAGACUAUUUGAAAUAGAUUGAUGUCUUUUGGAAUAUGAAAUAUGAGACGAGAUGUUAGAAACUAGAGCAAAAAAAAACAAAACAAAUGAAAUUGUGUAAGCAGCUGGUUUUGCAGAGAUUUACAGCAUUUUAGUGCAUUUUGGGAAGGAAAAUCGCACUCUGGCCAUUGAACCUGUCUCUGAACUGAGCAAAGCAGAAACCUGUUUGUGUGUGUAUGCAUGUUUGUGUGUCUGAGCAGUGAGAAGAAACAGAUCCUGAUUCUGUUAGUGGUUAAGUUCAAGGGUGCAAGUGAUUAUUUCUACAAUUCUUUUUAUUUAUUAACUAAUCAAAUCAUUAUGGCUUCUGCAUAUUUAUUGCAUCUCACAUCACGGCAUUGCUAUCAUAUAAAGUUCCUAUUAAUUGGGACUAAUGUCCCAACUAGACACUUGUAACAGAACCCAUUUUCAGCUUUGAUGUGCUUUUCAAUUCUGAGGUUAAGAUUUGGUGCAGUUAGCCUUAAAAAUGCAUGUUAACUUUAACCAAAGAUCACUGCUGCUAGAAUUUCUAAGCGGCUUCAGGAAAAAAAAGGCCCUUUAGUUUGAAUGUGAGUGCAUGCAUAGUGGAAGCCACAUCCCUUCACAGCCUAGUUUGCGCUGCUAGGACAAACCUAGGACACCUAUUCAACAGCAGUUUCCACAGAAGACAGUUAAUGAGCACGAUAGUACAAGAGUUUUACACCGUUAACUGUCGUAUAGCCUGGUUUAGAAUGUUGAGCAAGAGAGAAAUGAGAGAUUUUGUGAGUUUUAGAAAGUGAUGUACCUCUGUUUUGCAUGUAGAAUGAGUUUAGUCAAUAUAAGCAUGAGGGAUUUGGUAUAAUGUGUGAAAGUGCUGAAAGAUGAAGUGAAUUAGAGGUGCUGCUCAGGUAAUGGGGCAGUUAGAUGCCAGAGGGCGGAGUUCCACCCAGCUUGACGACUUUGUUUAGCUCAGGGUUUGAGUGACAGGUGCCCAACAUGCGGGCACACACACGCUCUGACCAGUGUCUGCUUUUGUUUUUCCUCUUCUGCCCCUCCUCCUUUUUCUUCUGUAAAAAGGAAAGACCUCCUCCAAACGUAUCUUUUAUGAAUUAAGCAAGUGAGAUACAAUAUGGCUGCUACAUGUUUUGGGCAGCUAAAUUUUUAAUAUUGAUAUCAAACUUACAGAUUCAGCCUUAAAGGAACGUCAGUUUUUUUUUGUUUGGGUUUUGUUUUGUUUUUCUACUAGUAUUUCUGUUUUGAAUUGUGAAAACCCUGGGGUAAGCAAAAGACUAUGAACCAUUAGGUUGAAUAUAUAUGAAUAUGUAUCUUGACGUGGGACUUGCAGUGCAAAGUCCAAUGUAUCAAAGUUAUUUACUUUUAAUAAAAUAACCGUAUGCCCA